AUGCCCAAGGGCGCUGCCACUCAGGUGGAGGACCUGUCCCAGAUGCCCUUCUGCACCAUGUGCAUCAAUGAGAGUCUGCGCCUGCACCCACCCGUCACGGCCGUGUCCCGGCGCUGCACCGAGGACAUCAAACUGCCCGACGGACGUGUCCUACCCAAAGGGAACGUCUGUCUGAUCAUUAUCUACGGGACACAUCACAAUCCUGCUGUCUGGCUGGAGCCCCAGGUCUAUAACCCCCACCGCUUCGACCCAGAGAACUCCAAGAACAAGCCCCCACUGGCCUUCAUGCCCUUCUCUGCUGGACCGAGGAACUGCAUCGGGCAGAACUUCGCCAUGGCAGAGACGAAGGUGGUGCUGGCGCUGACGCUGCUGCGCUUCGCCGUGCGGCUGGAUGAGAGCAGGCCUGUGCGCCGCAAGCCCGAGCUGAUCCUGCGCAGCGAGAACGGGCUGUGGCUGCACCUGGAGCCGCUGGGGCCCAGCCAUGAGAGCCGGCCCCCGCAACGUACUCCUAGGACCAUCCACUGCCACCCGCUGCGGGGGAUCCAGCCUGCUCCACACAGCUCAGGGGCCUGCCGAGUGGCAGACCAGUGCCCGGGGGGCUGGCUGCAGACCCAGCAAGGACCUACUCUCUGCCACAGGGAACUCAUGGUUCAAGGAGACAAACAGUGGUUGAGGGCUGGGAGGAGGGGGCCGGGUGUGGCCCCUGGGGCAGCUGGACCUGGAACUGGGGGACAGUUGCUUUCAUGAUAUUUCUAAGUUCGUUCCCGAGCAUGGUGAAGUCCAGGGCCCCUGCUGCAGGGACGAGGCCAUGGGGCUUUGGGAUCCAGCCUGAGGGUUUCAGGAUCUGGCCCUCGAAUCCGGUUACUGA